AUGUCCUGGGAGGGGGACUUCUCCUCCUCGGAGGAAGAAGUCGAUGCCCCAUCAACCGAGGAAGACUCGGCGGCAGGAGGCUUCAUGCGUGUCGGGUCGUCGGAGGACGACGAUGGUGAUGACGAUGAAGAGACCGAAGAUAGCAGCGACUACAGCGGUGACAGCGGUAGAGACGAUAGCAGCAAUGACGACGACAGCAGUGAUGAUGAUAGCGACAUUGGUGCAGCCCCUUCGAUCAAGCGCCGCAAGCAAGAGGAUGGCCCGGAGCCCAAGAACGAUGAUGGCUCCACUUUCAAGUUCUUACCGGCUGCUCCCGUAGCUCUCUUUGGCAAGAACGCACCUCCCCUGUCGAAGGUCAUGAUGCAGAUUCAGUCUGAUUCUACAAAAUCAGCCUCUAAGCGAAAACGAGCUUCCGACGUUGCUGCCCCCCGAGUCCCGAUUAAGCCAAGGAAGAUGAUUGUUAGGAAGAUUCGGAAGGAGGUUGAACCAUCUUCAACCGAUCAAGAAGCUCCCAACAUCAACCAGGCUCAUAUCAUGGAUAUUUCCUCCGGGGAAGAGCAAGCGCGCUAA